AUGACUGGAUAUACGAUGUUGCGGAAUGGGGGAGUGGGGAACGGAGGCCAGCCGUGGGUGUUGAGAUGGUCCAGUCGGAUCCGGCUCACCUGGCUUAGUUUCACCCUCUUCAUUAUCCUCGUCUUCUUUCCCCUCAUUGCCCACUACUACUUAACCACCAUCGACGACGCCGACGACGCUGGCAAGCGCAUCUUCGGCCCUCGGACUGGCAGUGAGCUGUGUGAGGUAAAGCAUGUGCAAGACCUGUGCCGCAUCCGUGAGUCAGUCAGCGAGGAGCUGCUCCAGCUGGAGGCCAAGCGGCAGGAGCUCAACAGCGAGAUCGCUAAGCUCAACUUGAAGAUUGAGGCCUGCAAAAAGAGCAUUGAAAAUGCCAAGCAGGACCUGCUGCAGCUGAAGAAUGUCAUCAGCCAGACUGAGCAUUCCUACAAAGAACUGAUGGCUCAGAACCAGCCCAAGCUCUCUUUGCCCAUCCGUCUGCUGCCAGACAAAGACGAUGUGACCUUCCCCCUGCCAAAAUCCAUCCGGAACUGCAGGCUACACAACUGCUUUGACUACUCUCGCUGCCCGCUGACAUCUGGCUUUCCAGUCUAUGUCUACAACAGUGACGAUUACCCUUUUGGUAGUUCCUUAGACCCUUUAAUUAAACAAGCCUUCGAGGCAACUGUCAGAACUAAUGUUUAUGUUACUGAAAAUGCAAAUAUUGCUUGUGUGUAUAUAAUUCUAGUGGGAGAAAUGCAAGAGCCCGUGAUGCCAAAACCUACUGAACUAGAGCAACAGUUGCACUCUUUGCCGUACUGGAGGACUGAUGGACAUAACCAUCUCAUCAUCAAUUUAUCAAGGAAAUCAGAAACUCAGAACUUCAUUUACAACAUCAGCACAGGGCGUGCCAUGAUUGCCCAGUCCACCUUUUAUGAUGCACAGUACCGACCAGGGUUUGAUAUUGUGGUGUCACCUCUGGUCCACGCUAUGUCUGAACCCAAUUUCCUAGAAAUCCCACCCCAGGUGCCAGUCAAGCGUAAAUAUCUCUUCAGUUUCCAGGGGGAGAAGAUCGAGUCUCUCAGAUCUAGCUUGCAGGAGGUUCGCUCUUUCGAAGAGGAAAUAGAAGGCAACGCCCCAGCUGACUACGAUGAUCGCAUCAUUACCACCUUGAAGGCUGUUCAGGACAGCAAGUUGGACUUUGUUUUGGUGGAGUUCACAUGUAAGAACCAGCCUAAGGCAAGUCUGCCCACUGAGUGGGCUCUGUGUGGAGAAAGAGAUGAUAGACUAGAGCUACUGAAGCUAUCUACUUUUGCACUGAUAAUCACCCCAGGGGACACCCAUUUGGUGAUCUCUGCUGGGUGUGCCAUGAGACUGUUUGAGGCUCUGGAGGUUGGAGCCAUCCCAGUGGUUCUCGGAGAACAAGUUCAGCUCCCCUAUAAUGAUGUGAUCCGGUGGAAUGAGGCAGCCUUAAUCAUACCAAAGCCACGUAUCACAGAAGUGCACUUUCUUCUGAGAAGCAUUUCUGACAACGAUCUCCUUGCCAUGAGGAGGCAGGGCCGCUUCCUGUGGGAGACCUACUUCUCCACCUCUGACAACGUGUUCAGCACAGUGUUAGCUAUCAUAAGGACUCGAAUCCAAAUCCCGGCUGCUCCUAUCCGAGAAGAAACUGCUGUGGAGAUUCCCCACCGGUCUGGUAAAGCUGCUGGGACAGAUCCCAAUAUGGCAGACAAUGGUGACCUGGACUUGGGGCCUGUGGAAACAGAACCACCCUAUGCAUCUCCCAAAUAUCUCCGCAAUUUCACCCUCACUGCAAUGGACAUCUACAGGAAUUGGAAUUCUGCUCCAGGGCCUUUCCACCUCUUCCCCUACACUCCCUUUGACCCUGUUUUGCCAUCAGAGGCAAAAUUUUUGGGGUCUGGGACUGGAUUUCGACCGAUUGGUGGAGGAGCAGGUGGCUCUGGGAAGGAGUUCCAGGCUGCUUUGGGUGGCAACGUCCCCCGGGAGCAGUUCACAGUAGUGAUGUUGACUUAUGAGCGGGAGGAAGUGUUGAUGAACUCCCUAGAAAGGCUCAAUGGUCUGCCGUACUUAAAUAAAGUUGUGGUAGUGUGGAACUCUCCCAAGCUUCCCUCUGAAGAUCUCUUGUGGCCAGACAUUGGUGUCCCAAUCAUGGUCGUCCGCACAGAGAAGAACAGCCUGAACAACCGGUUCCUGCCGUGGGACGAGAUCGAGACGGAGGCCAUCCUGUCCAUUGACGACGACGCUCACCUUCGCCACGACGAGAUCAUGUUUGGCUUCCGUGUCUGGAGAGAGGCAAGGGACCGCAUUGUUGGCUUCCCAGGACGCUACCAUGCAUGGGACAUCCCUCAUCAGUCCUGGCUUUACAACUCCAACUACUCUUGUGAGCUCUCUAUGGUGCUCACUGGUGCUGCCUUCUUCCAUAAGUACUACGCCUACCUGUACUCCUAUGUGAUGCCCCAAGCCAUCCGUGACAUGGUGGAUGAGUACAUCAACUGUGAGGACAUCGCCAUGAACUUCCUGGUCUCUCACCUGACCAGAAAACCUCCCAUCAAGGUGACCUCCCGCUGGACCUUCCGCUGCCCCGGGUGCCCGCAGGCACUCUCACAUGAUGACUCUCACUUCCACGAGCGACACAAGUGCAUCAACUUCUUCGUCAAGGUGUAUGGCUACAUGCCCCUCCUGUACACCCAGUUCCGCGUGGACUCGGUCCUCUUCAAGACCCGCCUGCCCCAUGACAAGACAAAGUGCUUCAAGUUCAUCUAGAAGCAGGA